CCUUUCUCCCUGGUUUUGCUCUGCCCUCUCUACCUCUGGCACUCACACUCUUUCGAUCACUCUCUCUCUCAGUCAAACAGAGGAUUCUCCAUAGCCAGCUGUAGCUUAAUGUGAUCCUCACUUCUGUGAUUGUUUCACUGAUGCUUUCUUUUUUUCCCCUUUUUUUCUCUCUCUCUCUCUUCCGAUUCUGCCGAUGCUGACAUCCUGUACGUGGAUGCUGCUAAGGUGCACAAAGAGUGGAGGGAAUAGGAGAGAACUUUUAAGGCUGCUAUCAGCGCACUUUCUCUUGAAUCAAGACACGUUAGAUUGGUUGAUUUGCUGUCGAGAGACGAGUCAACAGUGGAGGGGUUUUUGUUGUAGUCGAUGACUCAUUUAGGUCAUUUUCCUCCUUCAGGACUCCCGGAUAUAAAUUUCUUUUCCUUUGCUCCACCUGUGGGUUUCCUUUCUACACUCUGUGGGGACUUUUAUGGAGUGUGAAAUUUGUCCAGCAAGUGUGAAGUUUGACAGAGCAUGGCCAGUGGAACCACAGCUGAGUGUUGAACCUCUUCUGUCCAGUAAGGCAGCCCAGACAUGACAACAGUGUCCAUGGAGCCUGUGGGAGUCCUGGUGGAAAGGGGGGGCAAUGCAACCGACCCUCCUCUGAACUCACUUGAAGAUACAGCUGCCACCUUUACCAUUGGAACCAUCCUCUCCAUCAUGUGUCUCAUUGGAGUCUCCGGGAACAUCUACACCCUGGUGGUGAUGUGCCACUCCAUGAGGUCUGCAGCCUCCAUGUACAUCUACAUCAUAAACUUAGCUUUAGCAGAUCUGCUGUAUCUUCUCACCAUCCCCUUCGUAGUCUGCACACACUUCCUGAAGGGAUGGUACUUUGGAGAUGCAGGGUGUCGGAUUCUGAUAAGCAUGGACUUCCUGACCAUGCACGCAAGCAUCUUUACUCUGACAAUCAUGAGUACAGAGCGCUACUUUGCAGUGCUCAAGCCACUCGACACAGUGAAACGAUCGAAAAGUUAUCGGAAAGCUAUUGCCCUACUUGUCUGGGUAGCUUCUCUAAUCCUCACCCUACCGAUGAUCGUGAGAAUUCAACUGAUGGCAGUGGGCACCAAGCCUAUGUGUCAGUCCACUUUGUCACCGCUCUCCUACAAGAUUUACAUCUCCUUCCUGUUUUGCACUAGCAUUGUCGCUCCAGGACUGAUUAUUGGCUAUCUUUACAUCCAGCUUGCACGCACUUAUUGGAUUUCACAGACGGAGACAUUCAAGCAGACCAAAAAAUUACCAAAUCAAAAGGUGCUCUACUUGAUCUUUACAAUCGUGCUCCUAUUCUGGGCAUGCUUCCUGCCCUUCUGGAUCUGGCAACUGCUGGGUCAGUUUCACCCCUCGUUGCCUCUCUCCACCAAAGCCAAACGUAACAUCAACUACCUGACCACAUGCCUGACGUACUCCAACAGCUGCAUCAACCCGUUCCUCUACACAUUGCUCACCAAGAACUACAAGGAGUAUCUGAGGAAGAACAAGCGCUUGUGGACAACUGGCAACUACUUCAACAGGAGGAGUCGUUUUCAACGUUCACCGCGCAGAUCGCCAUCUGCCAGCAGUCAGCAGUGCACUGAGAGCUUCAUGCUCACGCACACGGCAUCACUACGAGCUCAUAACAGCAGUUUGUGAGAUAUGACUGAGAGCUGUGAGGGGACACAAAAAGAAGAAGCAGUUGGAGACACAGAUGGGAGCAGAGCCCGAACUCCACUUCACUCCAUUCGACCACAAGUGAGACUGAGGACAGAGAAGAUGUCUUGAGUAUUUUGUUUUUUAACAUGUGCGGACACAAUUAUGUUAAAUGAACACCUGGAGGAACCAGUGCUGUUGGACACAAUGUACAAAACAGAACCCCCUCUCUUCACCACCCUUACAUGUAUAUUCAUCACUUGCAGAACUUCCCGUCGCACAGAGAGAGACCAGCGUCUUAAAAACACAGGCUCGUCAUAUUUUUUCAGGUUUUCUCCCAUGCUUGCUUUCUGUGCUUGCGCUGGGUCAGCCUGCAUGCUGGCCCAGGGCAAGCUGUUAUAUCCUGGCGACUGAGAGAAGUGUACAGUACAUGCUGCUGAUGCACAAGUGGGAGGAAAAACAGGAAUCGAGGCUUUGAUUUUGAAUAACACAAAAAAAACAAAAAACAAAAAACAAAUGUAAAAACAAUGUACUUACGCUGGUCAAGUGGCAAAAUAUUACACAAUGUCUUUAGCUGGUCCUCGCGACCCCUUCUUGGAGGGCACUGUAAAUGUUUUGUUCUUCAAAACAGCAGGUAGAAAAGGAUACCUACUACAAAUGAAGACAAAUUGUAAAUGCUAAAACAUGAAUGCUGUUAUGAACUUCUAAACUCCCACUCUCUGGAUUUCCUGUUUUAUAAAGAGCACUCAUGAGAUACUCCAAAAUAAUGGACCCCUAAGGAGCUGUAAUCCAAAUAUGUACAUUGUGUGGUGAUUUUCUGCAACCACCGUAAAGAGUUACUUUCUUUUACUGAUGUGCUCAUCUGCUCUGGUUUGUAUGGAAGCUUGUUUCCGCCACUGAAAAUGUUUUUUUUAGCAAUUCAUAACUGAAAAUUUUAUGUUAUGUAUCUCAAAAUUUUGAGUUAAUCAGCUAAAAUGUUUAAGAAAAUAACUGCCAAUCAGGAAGCGCUGUAGUCAACAUGACUGUUAUACUAUGAGGUGCUUACCAAAAUUAACCAUCAUUUCGAUGUUAUCCGGAAGCAGAACAUGGAAGGCAUUAGCUACCAGUGCUACAGCUAAGCUAGCAAUGCUACAGCUACACUAUAUAAAUGCAAACCAUUAUUAUUAAUCCACUGUAGUCAACAUGACUGUUAUACUAUGAGGUGCUUACUAAAAUUAACCAUCAUUUCGAUGUUAUCCGGAAGCAGAACAUGGAAGGCAUUAGCUACCAGUGCUAUAGCUAAGCUAGCAAUGCUACAGCUACGCUAGCAGCACUCGGCUGAGUUACCAGCGCUACUGCUGCUUGUCAUAAAUGUUCAAACUGAGGAGCAUCGGUUUAGCUUAGUGGGAUGAGCAGGUGACCAUAUGCUAUAUGGCCAGGGAGAGCAGUAGACCCUGGUUUGAUAUCACUACCUGAUUUUCAGUACGCAUUUGUCUAUGCCAUCUGCUUCUGGGUAAGCAGCUUCCUGAUUUGCAGAGUUAAGUCAAAAUUCCAACAAAAUAACUCAAAAUUUCAAGUUAUGCUUGUCCUCUUUUCUCCUCUCUUGAAUCCCUACCAACCAAUAACGUCAAAUAGCAAAAUACUGGCAUCUUUUAGAAAAACAGCUUUCAUGUAAGUAAAACUAAUGGGUAUUUGUAGUGUUUUAUUUCAGUGCAGACACAUUAUUGAUUGUGUAUUUGUGAAAAUAAAAAUAAAAUAUGUGCUUUUGUUGUCUAGAAGCAGGUGUAAAUAACUAUUUUAGCCAUUUAGCUUCAUCCAGUCUUGUUGAGGCUUUCUUAUGAGCAACCCUGCUGCACCCUGUGGUUGCAUUACGGCCAAUUUCUGUACAAAUGGAUGGGAAAUUGAAUGGCUGUUGUAGAUUGGCUGCCAGGUGCAAUUUCUUUGCGUUCUAAAUGUAAAGCCACCUUAAAUAGAAGCCUUUUCAAAACGACAGGAAAAAAAAGAGAAAUUUCAACUCUUCUUGCCAUGCCCAAAAAUAAAAAUCAAUAA